AUGAGGUUCAGUCAGUUGUCCUACCUCGCCGCCCUGGCUGGAAGCCAGCUCGCCGCCGGCCAGGCUCACGGCGAGGGCCUCCAGGGCACGGUUAUGGGACCCGUUGCCUUCCUCUGGCCCAAGGGUCGACCCUGGAGUGCUGAGACUGACAACACCGGGCCUUGCGGCAGCCCCAGCGGCCCGACCACGAGGACGAACUUCCCUCUCUCCCAGGGAACCGUCUCUCUCUCCAUCGCCGACGAGGCCUGGAACGUCAACUUCAACAUUGCCUAUGACAACACGCCGUCGAUCCAGAGCCAGUUCUCGCACCAGGCCGUCAGCGGGAUCGACAUGAUCGAGCCCGGCCACCAGUGCUACAAGAUCUCGGACAUUCCUAGCGACAUCCAGGCCGGGACCAACGCGACCAUCCAGCUCGAGUACUGGUCCAACAUGGACAACGAGCUCGACGGCAGGAACCAGACCUUCUACUCCUGCGCCGACAUCACCCUCGUCGAGACCGAGUCCUUCAACUUCGUCCCUUCGUGCUUCAACGUGACGGCGUCGACCUUCAACACGCCGACGACGUCCUCGACGCCCGCGCCCAGCAGCGAGGCCGGCGGGGCCAACGCCGACGCCCAGACGCCGACCGCUAGCAGCGGCGGCGACGGCCUCUCCGCCGGCGCGAAGGCCGGCAUCGCCGUCGGCGUCAUCGUCGCCUCGCUCGCCAUCGUCGGCGCCGUCGCCUUCGCCGUCCUCCGCAAGCGCAAGACCAAGCCCGCCGACCACGAGGCCGCCGCCGGUGCCAAGGGCCAGCCCGAGGUGUCCUCCGUGCACAGCCGCCAGUAG